CCGCUUGGAGGGAGUGCGCGCGGGCGGCCUCGCCCUUCCCCCUCCGCCACCGCGGAGCGCGCAGGGAGCAGCCGGGGGCUCGGCGGCGGCGUCUGGCCCCAGCUCCUCCUCCUCCUCCUCCAUCUCCAGCUCCUUCCAUCUGCUGUGGUUAUGGCCCGUCGCUGGAGCACAAAAGAGUGUCUGCGGCGGGGAUCGGCGUGGCUCGUGCUUUUCCUUGCCGGGGUGUACGGUGUAUGCGUGUAUUGCCUGUAUGUAGGAAAUGGUGCUCUUGCAGAACAUUCUGAAAAUGUGCAUAUUUCAGGAGUGUCAACUGCUUGUGGAGAGACUCCAGAGCAAAUCCGAGCACCAAGUGGAAUAAUCACUAGUCCAGGUUGGCCUUCUGAAUAUCCUGCCAAAAUCAACUGUAGCUGGCUCAUAAGGGCAAACCCAGGGGAAAUCGUUACUAUAAGUUUUCAGGAUUUUGACAUUCAGGGGUCCAGAAGAUGCAGUUUGGACUGGCUGACAAUAGAAACAUACAAGAAUAUUGAAAGUUACAGAGCUUGUGGGUCCACAAUCCCACCUCCAUACAUCUCUUCACAAGACCAUGUUUGGAUCAGGUUCCAUUCAGAUGACAGCAUCUCUAGGAAAGGCUUCAGGCUGGCGUAUUUUUCAGGGAAAUCUGAGGAGCCAAACUGUGCUUGUGAUCAAUUUCGAUGCGGUAGUGGAAAGUGUAUACCAGAAGCCUGGAAAUGUAACAGCAUGGACGAGUGUGGAGAUGGUUCCGAUGAAGAGAUCUGUGCCAGAGAAGCUAACCCUCCAACAGCUGCUGCUUUCCAACCCUGCGCUUACAACCAGUUCCAGUGUCUGUCCCGCUUUACCAAAGUUUACACUUGCCUCCCGGAGUCUUUAAAAUGUGAUGGGAACAUUGACUGCCUUGACCUGGGAGACGAGAUGGACUGUGAUGUACCAACUUGUGGGCAGUGGUUCAAAUACUUUUAUGGUACUUUUAAUUCUCCUAAUUACCCAGACUUUUAUCCUCCUGGGAGUAAUUGCACCUGGCUAAUAGACACCGGUGAUCAUCGUAAAGUCAUUUUACGCUUCACAGACUUCAAACUUGAUGGUACUGGUUAUGGUGAUUAUGUUAAAAUAUACGAUGGAUUAGAGGAGAAUCCUCACAAGCUUUUGCGUGUGUUGACUGCUUUUGAUUCUCACGCACCUCUUACAGUGGUUUCUUCUUCUGGGCAGAUACGAGUACAUUUUUGUGCUGAUAAAGUGAAUGCUGCGAGAGGAUUUAAUGCUACUUACCAAGUAGAUGGCUUCUGUUUGCCAUGGGAAAUACCCUGUGGAGGUAACUGGGGGUGUUACACUGAGCAGCAGAGAUGUGAUGGAUAUUGGCAUUGCCCAAACGGAAGGGAUGAAAUCAAUUGUACCAUGUGUCAAAAGGAGGAAUUUCCAUGUUCUCGAAAUGGUGUCUGUUAUCCUCGUUCUGACCGGUGCAACUACCAAAAUCAUUGCCCAAAUGGCUCAGAUGAAAAAAACUGCUUCUUUUGCCAGCCAGGGAAUUUUCAUUGUAAAAACAAUCGCUGCGUGUUUGAAAGCUGGGUGUGUGAUUCUCAGGACGAUUGUGGUGAUGGCAGCGAUGAGGAGAAUUGCCCAGUUAUUGUGCCUACCAGAGUCAUAACGGCAGCUGUCAUCGGGAGCCUCAUCUGCGGGCUCCUACUCGUCAUUGCAUUGGGAUGUACUUGUAAGCUUUACUCUCUGAGAAUGUUUGAACGAAGAUCAUUCGAGACCCAGUUGUCACGAGUGGAAGCAGAAUUACUACGAAGAGAAGCUCCUCCUUCCUAUGGUCAGUUGAUUGCUCAGGGCUUAAUCCCACCAGUGGAAGAUUUUCCUGUGUGUUCGCCUAAUCAGGCUUCGGUUUUGGAAAACCUGCGGCUGGCUGUUCGAUCUCAGCUGGGAUUUACUUCAAUCAGACUUCCUAUGGCCGGCAGAUCCAGCAACAUUUGGAAUCGUAUUUUUAAUUUUGCAAGAUCACGUCAUUCAGGGUCCUUGGCUUUGGUCUCAGCAGAUGGAGACGAGGUUGUUCCUGGUCAGAAUGCCAGCAGAGAGGCUGAGAGAAGCCACCCUCACAGAAGUUUGUUUUCAGUGGAGUCUGAUGACACAGACACAGAAAAUGAGAGAAGAGAUGCAGCAGGAGCAUCUGGUGGGGUUGCAGCUCCUCUGCCCCCCAAAGUCCCUCCCACAGCAGCGGUAGAAGCCCCCAGUGGAGUGGGUGGAAAUUCCUCAACUCAGAGCACCCGAGGAGGCCAUGGUGAUGGAAGGGAUGUGAGCAGCGUGGAACCCCCGAGUGUGAGUCCUGCACGUCACCAGCUCACGAGCGCUUUAAGUCGGAUGACUCAGGGCCUACGCUGGGUACGUUUUACAUUAGGUCGAUCAAGUUCCACAAAUCAGAACCAGAGUCCUUUGAGACAGCUUGAUAAUGGGGUAAGUGGAAGAGAAGAAGAUGAUGAUGUUGAAAUGCUAAUUCCAGUUUCUGAUGGAGCCUCAGACAUUGAUGCCAAUGACUGCUCCAGACCUCUCCUUGAUCUUACCUCAGAUCAAGUACAAGGGUUGAGGCAACCAUACAGUGCAACAAACCCUGGAGGCAGACCAAGUAACCGAGAUGGCCCCUGUGAGCGCUGUGGCAUUGUCCACACUGCCCAGAUACCGGACACUUGCUUAGAAGCAGCACUGAAAAAUGAAACGAGCGAUGAUGAGGCUUUGUUACUUUGUUAAGUGCAAAUCACAAGAGAGAUGGUCUACAAGCUGGAGCAAUAUCCAUUCAUUGUUUUGUAACUUUACAAUUAAACUAGUUUUAGUUUAAAAAUAAAAGAUGCAGGAUGAGUUCUUAUUAUUAUACGUUAGCCUGCAUGGUUAAAUUAAACAACUUGUAACUCUAUGAACUUAGAGUUUACUUAGCAGCUAAACAUGCACUAUGUAUUCAUACUGUCAGUAAUGUUCUUCCAUUUGUUUUUCCUUGUUUUUUGUGUUCUGUUUUUUUUUAAAUCCUGGUACUGUAGUUCAUAGUAGGAAUAUGGCUGCUUUAAUUCAUUUGAUUGUCAUUUUAUCUAUCUUUUGUUAAAAGGUUUGUUUAUAUAAAAUAGUACCUUUUAAUUGAAUCUUUUAUGCUUUGCCAACAUGUAACUCAUACUAUGUGUUAAGGUUGUUAAUGUGCAAGAAAGAAAGCAAACCCUUCUGCUCGUUCUUUAUUUGUGUAGCAUUGUCUGCUACUGGACUUUAUCACAUGAACUUGUCAAGGGUGAAAGUCCUCAAAAGUUUUCUCUUAUGUUUAACGUACAGUGAUGUAAAAUUUAGGUAGAAUUAGAUAAAUUAAUGUCAAAAACAAAACUUUUAUAGAUUUUCUAAUGCUGACUUUAAUACUCUAAUAUGGUACAAACCAAACGGUAAAAUUCCAAGAUACUUCAGUUUUCGUCUCCAUUUAGGGACAGGAUUGAGCGGAUGAAGAUACUCUACUAUGCAUUAAAUCUUGAACUUUAUAAAAUAUGUACGGAAAUUGUACAUGAUAAGUUCCACCCAGUAAUGUCUCUCUAUUACAGGGGUUUGCUUAUAUUGGACCCUAGGGAUUUGCACUAAAAUCAUACCAAGGUCUCAGAUGAGUUUAGUGCAUAAGCACUAUCACUUUAAAUACUAUUAUUUGCUACCACAGUGACUAUAUAUUUCCAUAGCUUUCAGGGAGGUGGGGGACCAUUUUUAUUACAACUUGAAAUUGCUUUGCUGAUUUCAUAUUUAUUUGUUGUAUUUAAAAACUGCAUAACUGUAAGAGUGACUUUUUUCAAUAUAUUUUAUUCUGAGGGGGGUUCACUGCUAUAAUCUUGAAGAAAAGCAAAUUAAGAAACCAUUCAGAUUGCUCCCUACUUUAAGUAGAGUGAAUUACAAAACCCUGGUUUUUUUUUAUUGUUGGUUCUUGUUUAUUUAUUCUUUAGCUGUCUGUUUUAAUAGCUUAAUGAUUGAGUAUGAAAAUGUAUUUGUGUGUGAUUAUUGCUAUUUAUUACAUUUUAAAUACUUUGCUGAAUGUCAUUUUAAGCAUGUUUGAGGUCUUGUGUAUAUGUCUUGUUAUGCUGUCAGGAAGACCUGACUAAAAUGUUUUACUAUGUAUCAGAAAUUAAAAUAAUUUUUUUUAUUGGCUUGA